CUCCCAUUUUUUCCCUACGAAGGAGAGAAUACGUAUCAACAGGCUGCAGAGGUUGCAGGCUGCAAACUUUGUCCUCCCUCAUCAUGUGGCUUGACAGCUUUUUACUCAGUUUCGACCUGAAGGCGCUCGUCUUGUUUAUUUUCCUUUUUCUUUUAAUAGCAGAUUGGAUCAAACAUAGGAAGCCUGCUAAUUUCCCUCCAGGACCACUGGGCCUCCCCUUUGUUGGGAACUUUUUGACUAUAGAUGGCAAACACCCACACAUCUAUUUCUCAAAGAUGGCUGAAAGCUACGGUAACGUGUUCAGUGUCCGGCUCGGCAGUCAGGCAACAGUGUUUGUGUCCGGCUACAAGAUGGUGAAAGAAGCUUUAGUGACACAGGCUGAGAACUUUGUAGACAGGCCAUUCAGUGAAAUUGGUGGCAGGUUUUAUGAAGGAAACUCAAAUGGUUUGUUCUUCAGCAAUGGGGAGAAAUGGAAGAAGCAGCGACGCUUCGCUCUAUCUACCUUACGCACCUUCGGACUGGGAAAAAACACCAUGGAACAGAGCAUCUGUGAGGAGAUCCGACACCUGCAGCAGCAGAUAGAGAACGAAAAAGGUGGACCCUUCAGCCCUGCAGGUCUCUUCAACAACGCUGUGUCCAACAUUAUUUGCCAGCUUGUGAUGGGAAAAAGAUUCGACUAUGAUGACAACAACUUCCAGGUUAUGAUGAAGUACAUCUCUGAGGCAGUUCAACUUGAGGGGAGCAUCUGGGGUAUUCUUUAUGAAUCCUUCCCGGGCUUGAUGAAGCACCUACCAGGGUCUCACAACAAGAUAUUCAGAAAUUACAAGAUCGUUCAAGACUUUCUUGCUCAGGAGAUAAAGAUACACAAACAGGACCUGGAUCCCAACAAUCCCAGAGACUACAUUGACUCCUUCAUCAUUGAAAUGGAGAAACAUCAAAACUCAGACCUGGGCUUUAAUGAUGCCAAUCUGGCUUUCUGCUCCCUGGAUCUCUUCGUGGCCGGAACAGAAACAACCUCCACCACUCUGAUGUGGGCCUUGAUUUACCUCAUCAAACACCCAGACGUCCAAGUGAAAGUCCAGCAGGAGAUCGACAGAGUGAUCGGACAGAACCGUCUGCCCUCUAUGGCUGAUAGACCCAACCUGCCGUAUACUGAUGCUGUCGUACAUGAAAUACAGAGAAUUGGAAACAUUGUGCCUCUGAAUGGACUCAGGGUUGCUGCUAAGGACACAACUUUGGGUGGUUACUUCAUACCUAAGGGGACGGCUCUGAUGCCCAUGCUGACUUCUGUGCUGUUUGAUAAGACUGAAUGGGAAACUCCAGACACCUUCAACCCGGAACACUUUCUGGAUGCUGACGGAAAGUUUGUGAAGAAAGAAGCUUUCUUACCCUUCUCUGCAGGUAAACGUGUUUGCCUUGGAGAAGGCUUGGCCAGGAUGGAGCUGUUCCUGUUUCUGGUGGGGUUACUGCAGAAGUUCUCCUUCUCUGUUCCUGAAGGAGUAGAGCUGAGCACAGAAGGAAUCACUGGAACCACUCGAGUGCCUCAUCCCUACAAAGUUUAUGCCAAAGUUCGCUGAGUUUUGCACCAUUCAUCACAGGAAAGAUGAGAAAAGAUUAUUCCUUCUCUCAAAGUUGAGGACAAAGAACAUGCCAUUUUAACUUUUGCAAAAAAAAAACUUUUAGUUUAGUAGUAUUAUUAGUUUUAUGAUGUAUAAAGAAACUAAAUGAGAUUUCUUUUUGGCAUAAACAUUGGUAUGAAAAAAGUUUAUUGACAGUGGAAGUGGGCCAUCUGAGCAUUACUAUUUAAAAAUGUGUGUCGUAAAUGCAACACAAUAUGUUCAAUUGUCACAAGUUUUUUGGAGUCAAUAACCUACCAGCAUUUAGUCACUAUGCAUGAAUAAAAUAUUGUUAUAUAUAGCUUUUUACCACCAUCUUAGAAGGCCUGAAGCGCUCUACAGUCAAAGACCCAGUCACCCAUGCACACAUUCACACAUUUUCACCAUAGCCAAACAUUGGCGUCAACCUACGACCAUCAGGAGCAACAUGGAAGCAACAAUGUCUUGUCCAAGGACAGAUCGACACAUGGAGGGGCAAAGCAGGAACCAAACCUGUGAUCUGCCAGAGGUUCACCGCCCUACCACUGCGCAAUAGCUACUCCAUUAUGUUUUAUAAACUAUUCUAAGAAGAAAUCAAAUCAAACAAUUUUUUUGACCUAACAACAAAUUCACUUAAGUGUAACACAGAGGGCUGAAAAUGUGCACAAAACAAAUCUGUCUAAAGCAGUGUCACAUGAGAAUAUUGGAAAUGGGAAAAACAAACAAGGGGAAAUAAAGUAUUUCAUUUUAAACAAAGACGUUGGUGCUUUUACUGUUAUAUUGUACAAAAAUUUUAAUCCUUCCAUGCCUGGAUUUAUUUCCAGAUAUAUUAAAAAAUAUUCUACAGUG